GAAGAACAGUGAUAGACCAACAAGCCUGCUGAACCGAGCAGUCUCAUCUUGAUAUCGGUCCAUAAACCCUACAGGAUCACGCGCGAACACUCAGGCAACUUCAGAAGCUGGUUUUCAGAACCCUCAGUCUUCCUGGCGUAUCUGUGCCGAAUGCCCGCUUAAUUGACCACACCACAACGUGAGCAGUUCUCCGCUGCCACCCCUCGCAGCUAUGGACUACUCUGCUGCUGCUAGCGAGGCAGAUGCUCUUCACGGUGCCUCUCCUUGGGGUUCCUCUUCUCCACGUGCCUCCAGAGGCUUUGCCCAAGCCACGCCAGGAUCUCCAGAGUCGCCGCAGCCAAUUCGAGGGCAUUCCUACAAUCAAUCCCAAGACAGCAUUCCUGAUAGCCCGUACCUACCUCCACCUAAUCAAUCCAAUGUGGCCGCUUCUAGAGAGGCUGGGAUCUCGGGAGAUCCAGUCGCUGCCGCACAGAAUCAACACCCAGAAGAGGCUUCGGCGCAACCACAGGCUGCAGCAGCACAUUCUCAGGAUGUCCAAGCCUCGUCAGCUGCGCAACAAUAUGCUGGGCAGCCGCAACAACGACCAGGUGCUGCGAGAUACCAUAAUGCAAGGCAGAACAGGCCGGUGCCACAAUAUAAGCUGCAAGCCAAGGUAACUGCGCUGGAGCGGACGGGACGCAAAGAUCCCGUUAUCAGGUUUGAUGUUUAUACUAAUCUCCCCAAAUUCCGGACUACCCAAUUCCGAGAUGUCCGUCGAACGCAUUCUGAAUUCGUCAAACUUGCCGACCAUCUCAUAUCUUCGAACCCAGAGGCACUUGUCCCUGCUGUGCCUCCAGCUCAAACUUCUGCCGGGGUAGGCACAGACGAGGACGAAGCCCGGGUCAAGGCGGCAAUACAAAGAUGGUUGAAUUCUGUAUGUGGCAACGAUGUGCUCAUGCGUGAUGAGGAGAUGGUAUUUUUUGUGGAGAGUGAUUUCGGGUAUUCUCCCGUGGUGAGAAUGAAGCAGCCAGCGACUGGUGUAAGGCGGAAAGUCUUGAAACAGUUUGCGCCACCGCCUGAUGAUACGCCUGAGCUGCACGAGGCACGGCCUAUUGUCAAGGCCUUCUAUCUGAGCUCCCUGGACACGAGCCAACGACUCGAAAAGGUUGUUAAGGCCAGACGAGCACUUGGCCUUGCAGAAUCCUCCCUUGGAGAAAAGCUGGGUCAAAUGAGUGUCCAGGAAACCCACCCUGGUCUAGCAACCGCAUACCGCAAACUCGGGCGUAUAAUCCAAACGUGUGGUGAUUACCACGCCGCGCAAGGAACCGCUGAAGCUACGACACUAGGUGAUGCGCUCACGUAUCACUCCUCCGAUGCUUUCAUCGUCAAAGAAACUUUGACAAAUCGACACAUCCUGCUCCGUGAGCUGCUCCAGACAGAGGCAUCCCGUCGGAGCAAGGAAAACGCGGUUCAACGCCUUAAGAGCUCGUCCAGCGUGCGCAGAGAUAAAGUCGAUGAAGCUAUCUCUGCACUUGACGAGGCAAUCUCCCAAGAAAACUACCUCCGCUCAAAAACCCAACGCGUGACAGCAAACUUACUCCUCGAGAAAAGACGAUGGUUCAAUCGAACGUCCAGUGAGUUCAUGCUCUCUCUUCGUGAGUAUGUCUUGCGUCAAAUUGAAGCAGAGCGCCGCACGCUCGCAACCCUCGAAAGUGUGAGACCAGAUAUCCGGGCAAUUGAUGCCUCUGGCGGUCUGAGCAGAUUGGGGCGGGAGAAUCAUCCCACCGUAAGGCGGAUUAGCAUGGCCAGCAGCCAGGGCGCCAAGGGUGACGCUUGGUCCGGUGUCCCGCGGAGCAGGGAUGCUCUUUCUAGAAGCAUGUCUGGAAGCUUUGGACCGGGUGCACUGGGUGUUCCCCUCCCAGAAGAGAGUGAGAACGGGACGAAUGGCGCAGGGUUGGCGCAAGGAGGCCGACCAAGAAGCGCGACCGGUGCCAGUCUGGACAGGGUCAAGGAAGACGAAGAUGAGGAUCGCGUUGAUGCUAGAAACGCAGCCAGUCGGUUGGCACAGAGCACGUUCUGAUCCAACAAUCGCUUAGAAAGGGAUCUACGCGCCGUUCACGGCGAAUGAACAUCGCCCAAAUCGUCGUCUCCGGCGAUGCAGCUCAAAUCAAGACCAUGAGGUGCAGCACGGACGGGAGUGGGCGGCAAAGGAGAAUUUUUCGAAACGAAUUCAGAAAUCGGGAAAAUGAGAGAGGUGGCACAACAAGAACAGGCGGGAGAGCGAGAAGAGGCUUAUCUAUCUAUCCAAGCUCAUUGCUACUGUAUAGGACCCCCUAUUCAGCAGUGUGCAGCAUGUGAAUAUCGUCCCAUUCGGCAUAGGACUGGACCUUUAGCGAGUAUUUGGACUCCGAGCGAAGAAACGCUCACGUCCAGCUCAUUUUGAAGCCCAAUUCAUCAAGCCAUUUCAAUUGUGUUGCCC